UGGAGAGAACGAUACAUUUGAGCAUCCUCUUCAAUUGAAGAAGACCUAAACACUCGGGUGGGUUUUCAUCUUCAUUGGAGCAAUUGUUUGGAGUAGCCAUUGCAGGACAAGGAAGAAGAUUAGGAACAGAAGAACGUGUUUCAGGCAAAUCAGUUUUAGGUGAUGGAUUCUUUAUUGAGCUCUGAAGGAGAUUCACAGAGGACACAGUACCCAUACGUAACAGGUACAUCUGUGAUUGGAAUCAAAUACAAGGAUGGUGUUCUCAUGGCUGCUGACAUGGGAGGGUCAUAUGGAUCCACUAUUCGCUAUAAGAGUGUGGAGCGAAUAAAGCAAAUUGGCAAACAUUCUCUUCUUGGUGCAAGCGGUGAAAUCAGUGAUUUCCAGGAAAUUCUAAAAUACCUUGAUGACCUCAUAUUGAAUGACAAGAUGUGGGAUGAUGGGAACUCACUUGGACCUAAAGAGGUCCACAAUUACCUUACUCGGGUCAUGUACAAUCGCCGCAACAAGUUUGACCCUUUAUGGAAUUCCCUUAUAAUCGGUGGAGUCAAAAACGGCCAUAAAUAUCUAGGAUCGGUGAGCAUGAUUGGUGUACAUUUUGAGGACGAUCAUGUUGCAACUGGAUUUGGGAAUCAUCUGGCGCGCCCAAUUCUUCGUGAGGAAUGGAGGGAGGAUUUGACUUUUGAGGAGGGUGUUAAAUUGUUGGAGAAAUGCAUGCGUAAUCUUCUUUAUCGCGACAGAUCUGCUGUCAACAAGCUUCAGAUAGCAAAGAUUACGGAUGAAGGUAUGACCAUCUCCCAGCCCUACUCUUUGAAGACUUUCUGGAAUUUUGCUGCUUUUGAGAAUCCUACUGUUGGAGCUGAGGGGUCAUGGUAGGCAUUUGAAUUUUCAAAUUCCAACUACUACCCAAAAAACUUAUCUUACCUUGGCUUGAUGGAUGUUUUUUUUUUUUUUUUUUAUAUUAAAUGUUCUCAAAUAUUGUUAUGUGAUACUAUUAAACUUCUGUGUUACUGGUUUUAGAUUUUCAAGUUCCGGUAGAUGGACUUGAUCCUUGUGUUUAACUUUAGUUUCAAUCUGUUUGGAUCUCUGAUUACCUGUUUGCAUUAAAAACAAUUAUAUUUUCUCA